AAACAGCUCAACCCUGCCUGAACUUUCCCUGUAAACACAGCUCGCUGACAGAACGCAUCCCUGCUGGGUGGAUCCUGCAACUCCUGGAGGGAAUGGCACUUCUUGUUUUUAAUUAGCAAGGUGAAAGGUGAAUUAAAACUAGCUGUUUGGCAAGUCAGUGCAAGAGGCUGACUUCGGAGAGGCUUCAAGGAGCCAGAAGAGAAGAGCUCCACGGGGGGAAGGCAGUGCGUGUGCUCAGGGCUUUUUUUUUUUUUUUUUUUUUCUCAAUGAACCGCUUGCAGAAGUGACUAAAAAAAAACCCCACAGUUUCCUCCGGAGUCUACCCGCACAGUUACUGAAGAGAGCUCUGGACAGGACAUGGCUCGAAAGACUCACUCCUUGGAAUGUCCUCCUGCUCCCGGCUUAUAAAGAACUGUCCUCGGGGAAGAAAGGUCUUACAUAGCCAAAUACAGCCUGGCAAAUGGCACUUUGGGACCGUGCUUUCUGAUGACAACGCGUUCGAUUUGUGACAAAGCCUCUCACGCGCUGCCCCCGGAGGGGAGUCCUAAGUAAAACUCAGACCCGCCUUCAAAGUGCGGAUCGGAGGGCUUGCCCGGUGAGCAGGCAGCAUGGCAUCGGCCGCGAACCUGGUCACCUGGCUCCUGUGGGGUUACUUACUGGAGCUUUGGACGGGAGGGCACACGGCAGAUACCCCUCACCCCCGCCUACGUCUGUCACAUAAAGAACUCUUGGAUCUAAAUCGAACAUCAAUCUUUCAUAGUCCUUUUGGGUUUCUUGAUCUCCACUCAAUGCUUCUGGAUGAAUAUCAAGAGAGACUCUUUGUGGGAGGCAAGGAUCUUGUAUAUUCUCUCAGUUUGGAACAAAUCAGCAAUGGCUAUCAAGAGAUACACUGGCCUAGCACAGCACUAAAAAUAGAAGAAUGCAUAAUGAAAGGAAAAGACGCAAGUGAAUGUGCAAAUUACGUUCGAGUUUUGCAUCACUAUAAUAGGACACAUCUUCUGACCUGUGGUACUGGAGCUUUUGACCCACUUUGUGCCUUCAUCAGGGUUGGAUACCAUUUAGAGGAUCCUCUGUUUCAUCUGGAACCACACAGGUCAGAAAGAGGAAGGGGCAGGUGCCCUUUUGAUCCCAGCUCAUCCUUCAUCUCUACCUUAAUCGGUAGUGAAUUGUUUGCUGGCCUCUACAGUGACUACUGGGGCAGAGAUGCCGCGAUCUUCCGGAGCAUGGGUCGAUUGGCUCAUAUUCGCACCGAGCAUGACGACGAGCGCCUGUUAAAAGAACCAAAAUUUGUAGGUUCAUAUAUGAUUCCUGACAAUGAAGACCGAGAUGACAACAAAGUGUAUUUCUUUUUUACCGAGAAGGCCCUAGAGGCAGAAAACAGUGCCCAUGCAAUUUACACCAGAGUGGGGCGACUCUGUGUGAAUGAUGUAGGAGGACAGAGAAUACUGGUCAAUAAGUGGAGCACGUUCCUCAAAGCAAGACUUGUUUGCUCAGUACCAGGAAUGAAUGGAAUUGACACAUAUUUUGAUGAAUUAGAGGAUAUUUUCUUGCUACAUACCAGAGAUCCUAAGAACCCAGUGAUAUUUGGACUCUUUAACACUACCAGUAACAUAUUUAGGGGGCAUGCAAUAUGUGUCUAUCAUAUGUCUAGCAUCCGGGCAGCCUUUAAUGGACCAUAUGCACAUAAGGAAGGACCUGAAUACCACUGGUCACUCUAUGAAGGAAAAGUCCCUUACCCAAGACCUGGUUCUUGUGCAAGCAAAGUUAAUGGUGGGAGGUACGGAACCACCAAAGACUAUCCUGAUGAAGCCAUCCGAUUUGCAAGAAGCCAUCCACUUAUGUACCAGCCCAUAAAACCUGCCCAUAAAAAACCAAUCCUGGUAAAAACAGAUGGAAGAUAUAACCUGAAACAAAUAGCAGUGGAUCGAGUGGAAGCUGAGGAUGGCCAAUAUGAUGUCUUGUUUAUUGGGACAGAUAAUGGAAUUGUACUGAAAGUAAUCACGAUUUAUAACCAAGAAACAGAAUCAAUGGAAGAAGUAAUUCUAGAAGAACUUCAGAUAUUCAAGGAUCCAGUUCCUAUUAUUUCUAUGGAGAUUUCUUCAAAGAGACAACAGCUGUAUAUCGGAUCUGCUUCUGCUGUGGCCCAAGUGAGAUUCCAUCAGUGCGACAUGUAUGGAAGUGCUUGUGCUGAUUGCUGCCUGGCUCGAGACCCAUACUGUGCCUGGGAUGGCAUAUCCUGUUCCCGGUAUUACCCAACGGGCACUCAUGCAAAAAGGCGGUUCCGCAGACAAGAUGUUCGGCAUGGCAACGCAGCUCAGCAAUGCUUUGGACAGCAGUUUGCCGGGGAUGCUUUGGAUAAGACUGAAGAGCGACUGGCCUAUGGCAUAGAGAACAACAGUACUUUGCUGGAAUGUACCCCACGAUCGUUGCAAGCCAAAGUUAUCUGGUUUGUGCAGAAAGGACGUGACACAAGAAAAGAGGUAAUUCAUAGAGAUGACAGAGUAGUCAAGAUGGACCUUGGCUUACUCUUCCUUAGGGUACGAAAAAUGGAUGCUGGGACCUAUUUUUGCCAGACAGUAGAGCAUGGUUUUGUCCAUACCGUCCGCAAAAUUACCCUGGAGGUAGUAGAAGAGGAGAGAGUAGAGGAGAUGUUUCACAAAGACUUGGAAGAGGACGGGCCUCCCAAGAUGCCUUGUCCUGCCCAGAGUAUCAUCCCACAGGGAGCAAAACCAUGGUACAAGGAAUUCUUACAGCUGAUUGGUUAUAGCAACUUCCAGAGAGUGGAAGAAUACUGUGAAAAGGUCUGGUGCACAGAUAAGAAGAGGAAAAAGCUUAAAAUGUCACCUUCCAAGUGGAAGUACGCCAACCCACAGGAGAAGAAGCUUCGUCCCAAAGCUGAGCACUAUCGCCUGCCCAGGCACACGCUGGACUCCUGAUGGUGUGACACCAUCUCCUGGCUUCUGAAGAAUUUAUGUUUGGAACCGAAAACAAACAAAAUGAGAAACCAUCCAGCUUCGUAUCGCUUAACAGAUUUCUGUAAUACAGAAAUGACUGUGAAGGUAUUAUGAUAAAUUAUUAUACGUACUCAUUUGACUGGUUAAAAAUCACAUAAAGUUAACUAACUUUUCUAAACAAUAUUUAUGAAAAAGUGACCUUGUCUGUAGUUUUGAGUACCUGGAUGCUUUUCCAUGGCAAUUAUUAUUUUCUCUUGGAAGACUUACGGUUAUUGGAAUAUUGAAAAAUUAGAGAUGUUAAUAAUCAUGUGAAAAUUAAAUAUAUACUUUAAUCUUUCUGAAUUCUACCUUUCCACUAUGAUGUAAAAGGUAAAGAAUACCAAAUACUUUAUCAUUCUCACAUGAACUGUCUGUACUUUUUAAGAAUUGUAUUAGUGGGAAAAGAAAAAAACAAAACUUGUAUUAGUAUCUAAACCAUGAGUUUUAUGAAGCCAGGUGUGUUGAAAUUAUUGUAAACCGUGAAAGAAAAAUUAUGGUCACCUUGAGGCUCGUGCCCUUCAUAAAACAUUCAAUAAGCCACAUUCUCUACAGUUACAUUUCAUGAUGAAAACACAUCCUUUGAAUUUCACUCCAGUGCAGAAAGAAUGACAUUAAGAUAACUUCUCAGAAAGAUAGCAAAAUAUGCCAAAAACAGAUGAAGUUACAGUUAGAAAUCUAACUGAAAAAGUUUUUGCUACCCUCUUGUGGUAGAAAAAGUAUAUUCUCUUUUUUCUCUUUUUACAGAUUGUCUAGUAAAGAUUUGAAAGCAGUUUCUAUUAAUACAUCCUGUCCAUUUUCAGAAGAAAAAGAAAAACUUAAAAAUGUCUCACUGCUUAUGUCAUGCUUUAAGAUGGAAAUAAUGUGUUUAUGAAUAAUUUAUUACCUCACAGGCCAAAAAUGAAGAUAUUAUAGCCCUGAAGCUCUAUUAAAACUUAAAUUUUACGCCUUCUAAAUAAUCUUCCCUCAAAUAUAAAGGACACUCCAGAAACAUGUUUAUUGUCUUUAAAAUAUUAAAGCAAUUUGUACUCAGA